UCUUCGUUGUAAAUACCCGUUGAACGGUUCCAUUCCUCUUGGUUUAUUUGGUUUAAUUUGUGUCAGCCCGUGCAACGUACCUCAAGGCCAUUGAUAACGGACAUUACUUGACGAUUACAAAUGGGCGGUUCAGAAUUAUCCACCAUCAAGUAUCGGGUUAUUAUCAGAUGUCUGUUCUGUACAUGAAAUGUGAAGUUUCACAACAAAAACGAACCACCGAUGAUUUGUAAUUGUCGAUAUGAGAAUUCCGACACGAGCAGCUCCUAGACCUCCGGCUAGUAAUUUGGCUUCUUCCACAAAUGGGAUGUGGGGAAGCAGCCAAUACCUUAAUGGAUCAUUCAGCACACAACCUCCGCAGAAAAAAAAGCCGCCACCUCGUCCGCCACCUCCAAAAUUUACAAACCAUCAACAUCGUUAUGAGAGAGAUGAAAAGCCAAAGAAAACGGCAAGACCGACAGAGUUGAUAACAAACAUAUUUGGUCGCAAAGCGAACAAGCAGGUGGCAUCAGCUUCUUAUACAAAUCGUAAUUCAGGAAGUAUAGCAUUAGAAUCAUCAUCUGCAGCUAGUGGAAAAAUUUCUCUAAUAGAUCUGAGUCCACCAGGUUCCCCGACGUUCACAACUCGAUCGAGUAGCGACGGAGUCAGUGUAGACAGUUUUGGGAGUGACGGAAACUCGAACCGCUCCGUAUUCACAAGCAGUGGUAAUACCUCGCAAACAGAAAGUGGCUUUGAGGACGAUUUCGACUUUUUUGGUGGCUUAUCUAGUCAACAACUGCCACCUAACGACCCUUGGAACCUCUGUUCCAUCCAAGACCCUUUUUCCCCUCAGCCUACGCCAAGUGUUAAAAAAUCCGGAAAAACUGUAGGGAAUUCUGAUUUCUAUGCCUUCAAUAAUCACUACCUCACAGAAUCCCAAGUACCUAUUAGUCCUGCAAAUUCUAAUACUGGGACUAUAAUGCCGACAAUUAUCAGAGCAAAACCAGCCAAGCCACCAGCACCUAAGCUCAUGCAAUCUAGUUUGGCACCAAUUGUAACACAAUUUAAUGUUAAACCUGUGCCGGUGAAACGAACCGCAGUGCCUUAUAGUGAGCCCGUAACGUUGAAUGUCAACGAUGCUUGGAACAAUGAAGUUACGGAUGAACCUUCUCCGCCAAUGCCAUCGAUACCACCUCCCGCACCACCUCCACAAUAUUUGGCAGAAGCGAAUGGGGCAGUUGGAGAUUCUUUCCAAGAGUCAUAUGGAAUAGCGCUCUAUGAUUUCUCAGCGUCGCAGCCCAAUGAUCUUUCUUUAAAAGAAGGUGACUUUGUGGUCUUAUUAAAAGCCAUCAAUGAAGAUUGGUUGGAGGGACGAGUCGGUACACGCCAAGGAAUAUUUCCAGCCAAUUUUAUCGAUGUAAAAGUGCCUCUGCCCGGUCUAUCUACAAAUGUGGUCAACGCUUUAUACACCUUUAACGGAGAAACGUGGGAGGAUUUAUCAUUUCGCGAAGGUGCAAAAAUAAAGGUUUUUUCCAAGUUAUCGGAUGACUGGUUGUACGGAGAAUGUGAUGGAAGAAAGGGACAAUUUCCUACAAAUUAUGUGGACAGAGUGCCUUCUAUGCUGUCACGAUAAUGAUCAUUAAUCAAUUCAUAACAUCCUCACAAUAUUAUUAUUUGAAAUUAUAUCUCAUUGCUUGAUGUAAACAUCAUUUUCUAAUGUUCGGCGUUAAGAAAUAUUAUGUUUUUUUGAGGGUAUUAAAAUCAAGCCAGACAUUCCCAUUCUUCUUCAAAAAAUAUUUAGAGAGUGAAAAGGUGCACUUAAUUCGAUUUCGCGGGUUGAAGUCGCUAAACAUGUCUUUAGUAUCGAAAUAGGGUAACAAUCGGACAGUUUUCCAGAAUCAUAGAAUUUUGUUUUUCGAUAGAAAUUAAUCCUCAUCAUUAAAAAAGCGGUAAUUUUUAAUCCUGUUGACAUUAAUUAGCGAAGGGCAGUCUAGGGGUGAAACUGAAAAAUGCAAUAUUUCUCGACAUUCCCAAAUUGUGAUCAAUUAAAUCAUGAUUUUGUCAAGGAGAAAAAAAUACUAAUAUUUUUUAAUGAUCUCUUGGAAAACUAUUCAAUUGUUUGUUACCGUUUUAUAGUUUAUCUAACGUAAAAGCUUUAAUUAGUUCAUAACACGAUAAAUCAACAAACCUAAAAUACUUAUGUUACUAAAUUCGAGAAUAAUAAAUAGAUUGAGGUUGAUUCGGUGCAUACUACGUUGCGCUGAUCGAACGAACGAACAUAACUCGCCUCGAAUCAAAUCCUUUUAAUCCUGAAUACGCGCCGAAGACUAGCAGUAAUGGCACAUGAAUUAUUUUGGUUGAUAUUUUCUUUCUUUUUUCAACGAAUUUUGAAUCUCUCAGUAAAGCAUGCCAAUUUGAGCUGAAAUGAUACAACUACGCUACAGGGAGUAAAAAGUAUUUCUAAAUCUAAUACUCCAAGAAAAAAAAGUAUUUAAAAAGUGAAAAUUCAGAAAGUCGUAGCUGGUAAGACGUUUCAUUCAUUUUUCUCCAAAUCCAUUUUCUUAUCUUCAAACCAUAUUCUGUUUACUUUCAUCACUUCACAAAGUUAAUUUUUACUUUCUUUUGUAAUUAUAAUUAGUAACGACUUGUGUAUUUCCUCUAAAAAAAACUACAUCACAUGCAAACCUUAUUAGGCUAGUUAUCUUGCUAAUUAUUGUAUAACGAUAGGUAAUUAUUUUCUGAUGAUUAUAACAAAAUUGUAAUUUAUGAGGUUUUAGUUUAAUUUAAUUUUAGUUCUAAAAAAUGAGAAAAAAAAAUUCUUUACUAAUUGUAAUACCGACGGAUCAGUUGGUAAUCGUUAGAAAAAAAUAUAUAUAUUUUUUUUUUUGUACAUAACUUUGUGAACUUAUAAAGUUGUCACCUAGCCAUACAACUCUAAUUAUAUUUGAAUUGUAAUAUUUAAUUGUACAGUUAUUUUAUUUGAAUAAUAUUGAAUAGUUUUUGAAAUUUUUUAAUACGCCUAAUCUUUCUAAAAUAGAAGAAACUAAUUUUAAUGAUAAUAUUUUCAUACACUAGGUAGAACUGUAAUGCGGUUAAACGCGACGUAUCGAAUGAAUCCAAUUCACUAUAAAUCUGAUAUUCUAACUAAUAAAAUAAUCGGUGGGUAGAAUUGAGAUCAUCGUGGCGAAUGAAAAUUUUCAAUCGCAUUCAUUCUGUACCAGUAACUGAUGCAUGACCAUAUCAAACACGCGCUGUUGGGAGUUUGAAUCAAUGAAAGAAAUGGGACGGUCAAAAUAGUAACGACAAAAAAUGUCGGAGCAAUCGAAGGUACAUUAUUCAAUUCACUGUGUAAUUUAAGUAUAACAUUAAUCUAAUAGCACAUGUCAAACAAUUCAUGAUGUGAUAUCUUCCUGCCUCAAUGUACAUUUAUAUACCGACGUGAAAAUAACAAAUACACUAUACCACUUGA